AUGGGCUGUUGUUAUAAUAAAGUUACCAAUGAAAUUCAAAACCCUGAAUAAAAUACGUCAGAUCAAUACUAAAAUCAUAAAACAUAAACUACAAAAUAGAAAUAAUAUAUGUAAAUUAAAAAUAAUCCAACUGAUUCAGAUUAAGAGAUACUCUUUAGUGAAAAUUAAAAAUAAAUACAUUUUAAUUCAUAAAAUUCUAAUUCUAUUGAACCUUAAUAUAUAUUAAAAGAUGAAAGUGUAUAAAGGUAAAAAAUACUAAAUUUAUUAUAUUCUAGUCCUAAAACUCAAUAAUAAUACUAAUUAAUAGAUGAAUAAUAAAGUGAAAAUGAAAGUUGUCAUUAAUUUUAUUUAGAAUAAGGUAUUAUAAUACUUGUAAUUAUUAAGAUUCUUAAACAGCUCCAGAAACAAUUAAAUAGUUUAUAUAAAGAAUGAGAUUACAAAAAUAGUAAUAGAAAUAAAACUCUAAUGAAUAAAUUAAUAUUAUUGAAGAAGUAGAAGGAUUAAUACAUACCAAAUAAUUAAAAUUAGAUUCUCUUAAUGUAAAUUAAUUAUUAAUAAUAUUUAAGGAAAUUUGUCAAAAAUACAAUUAAUCUAUAAUAGAUGUCUUAUCUUUAAUGAAUUAUUAAAAUUAUUAUUUAAUUGAAUUAAUCCUCAUUUACAUAGAUGAUUAUGAAAUAAUUCAAUAUGUAUUACUAAAUCAUAAUUUACCAGAUGGAUAGAUUUUAUAAGCCACUGCUAUUAGAUUGAUUAAUAAAAUGAAACCAUUUUUUAGUAGCAAAUAAAAAAUAGAAUAAACUAUAAAAUUUAUCUAAUCAAUAUAAAAUUCAUAGGAAGUAAUUCGUAUAUUAAAUCAGUUGCAAUUUGUAAAUAUUGAUUCAUACAUAAAUAUGAAAGAUUAAAUUUAAUUAAAAUUAUUUGGAUGUAUUAGUAAACUUAUAUAAUUAACUGAUAAUCCAUCAAAACUAUUUUACUAUUUAAUUUAUAAAUAAGCUAAAAAGGAAUAUCAAUUUCAAAAUUUAAUUGUAUCUAAAUCAAUACCAUUAGGAUAAAGUACUGUCAAGAUGGUUGAUAAAGUUGUUUUACUCCAUUUAUAAUUUAAUAUAUUCCAUUAAAUUGCACUUUAAUAAAAAUGGGAUUUAUUCUUGUAAUAUUCUAAUGAUUAUUAUUUGAUGCCAAAUAUUUCUUAAAUCACACCAAUUAUGAUGUUAUUUCAAACAGCUCCAUUUCAUGUUAUAAAUCAAUUUAUUACUCUAUAUCCAUAUUAUUUAGAAAAAUCAUUACAUUUUUCAACAAAUAAAGGCAAAAAUUUAAUCCAUUGUUUUUGUAUAAAUAAAUCCCAAAGAUCUAUCGAUGAAACCAAAUCCAUUAUUGAUAAACUGAAUGAAUAUUAAGAUUUGUUAAAAUAAUUAUUACUCUAACCUUAUAAUGAAUAGAUUCCAUUAGUUUUAUAUUUAGAUUCUUAAUUGAAACCUUAAGAUAUAAUCAUUUAAUUCUUAAGUUAAUAUCUAUAAAAAGAAUUUGAUUUCUAUCAAAUCUAUUUAGAAGUAUUAAAAUCUGUAAUUGAAAGAAAUAAAUUAGAUUGGAAGAAAUAAAGAAUAAAUCCAAGUAUUAAAUACUUUUAUUCAAUUUAAAAUAAAAAAACACCAAAAAGAUUCAUAAUUAAAAACUAUGAAGAAUAGAAUUAUGAAAUAUUUGAUAUAUUUUAUUUUCAGUACAUCUAGGUUGCAAAAUAAUUGAUAAAACAUUAAUUCAAAAUUAAAUUAAAUUGGAUUAAUAAUUUCGAUGUACAUUCAACUCAUUAUCCAUAUGAAUUCAGUGGUAUUGUGAGACCACUAUUAAUUUAAUUGAUUUAAUACAAUUAUUUUGAUUUGGUUAAAAAAUAAGUUGAAUUAAUGAAAUCAUAUUAUUUACAAUAAUUUGAAAAUGAUAAUAAUUAUGAUAUCAAUAUUAAAUCACAAUUCAUAUCCAAAUUAAUCUAAAUAAUCUAAUAAACAUAAGAUAGAUCUUAAUUAAUACCUAUAAUUAAUACUAUUAACGAUUCAAUAAAAUCAAAUCCUUAAUUAUUAAAUAUUCCUUUACAUGGAUACUUUGAUGCUAGAUCCAAAUUUAAUAAUUCUCUAAAUGGAAAUUCUGAUCCAAAAUUAUAUUACUUUGAUUGUAUUUAUAAUCAACUUAUAAAUUUAAAUGAUAGAUAAUUUGAUUAAUGUUUUAACAUUUAAUAAUUAUAAUAACAAAAUGAAAGUACAAAUUUAUUAAUUAUUCGAAAACUCUUUUUAAAUCAUAAACUAUUAUAAGUAAAUGAUGAAUUUAUUAAUUUAAUUUAUAAGAAUAUUCCAUUUGUAGCUAACUUUUAAUUAGAAAUUGAUACUUCUGAUGAAAAAACAAAAUAACCAAAAAAAAAAGGAAAAAAAGUAAAAUCUAAAAAAAAUUAUCAAAAAAUUAAUCAUACAUAAAGAAUUGUUUUAGUAUUAAAAACAUUUAGUGAUAAUCAAGAUCGAUAAUAUAAUUUUAAAGAAUUUAUUUAGUUCUUGAAAAUAAAAUAGUAUGAAUACACUGUAAAUAAGUAAAAUUUAUUUGAUAGAAUAUGUAAUUUAAAUUAAGAAAAAGAAGUCUAAACUUUAAUUAAACUAAAUUCACAUGAUAACUUUCUCAAAUAACCAUUAGGCUUGAAAUCAUAAAUUAAUUACUUAGAAUUUAGUAAUAAUGCUUUAAGUUAAUCAUUGUACAUUUAUGCAAGAGAUUUUUAAUUAAAUUUUAAUUUUGCUCUUAAAAAAGAUAAAUAAAGCAAAUUUACUAUUUUUACUAUUUAAAGAGAUCAAAUUGAAAACUAUUAUAAUUAGGCAUAAGCUGGUUUUAAUCCAAAUAUAAUAGUGUAUCCAAAAGAAUAUCCUGUUACUAACAACUAUAAAGAAAAGGCUAUUUUUUAUACUCUCAAAAAUCGCAAACCUUUUAUUGUAUCAUUGAUAACAAUAUAGGAAUGUUAUGAAGAUUUAAAAUAACAUAAUUUUUUUCCUAAAAAAAAUUAAGAAGAUGUACUUUAUAAAUUAUCAUUAAAAGAUAUUAUACAGAAUAAUUCAUUUUAGAAUUUAAAUUAUGUUUUAAUGAAUACUAAUUUUAAUCAUUUAAUAUUGGCUUAUAUUUUGGUUCAAGAAUAUUUCCCUUUUGGUUAUAAUUAUAAGGAAAAUGAAAAGGAAAUAGAAAAAUUUAAUGAAACCUUAAUAAAAUUAUUUGAAAAUAUAAACAUAAUAACAUGCAAUUAAAAUGAAAAACCUUUUUAAUUGAGUUUAUAGAGGAGUUGUUAUCUUUUUUAAUUUAUUAAUUUGAAGUCUUUUAGGAUGAUUAAAUCAAAUUUAGUAAAUACAAUUAAACAUAGUCAUUUAAUAGAGGUUAUACUUUCAUGUAGAUAUAAAGAUGUUAUUAUUGAUUUUAUUAGUGAUAUGUAAGAGGAUUUAAUAGAGAAACUUGGAACUUCAUUAAUUAGGAUAUGUACUAAUGAUAAUGAAUUGAAGACUAUACUCUUAUCUAGAAUUUUAGAAACUAAUCUACAAAAAAGAACAUUAAAUUUAAUGAAAAUUAUGUUUUUAUAGGCUUUCGAUUAGAAACCACCAUUAAAUUUUAAUUAGAUAUUUGAUUAUCUUAAAUUAGAAGGAUCAAAUGAUCGAAUAAAAUUAAUACAACAUUUAUAUGGAAAAGCUUAUUUGAAUAAAGAUGAGAAUACAUUAAAUCGUUUAUUAGGAUUGUUGGAGUAAGAUGAAGAGAAAAUUAAAUAUAAGAUGAAUUUUAUGUUAGGUACACAUUUUAGAAUUGAUACUGAAUACAUUAAUUAUUUAUUGGCUUUAAAACAUAAACCUUUUUUUGUUUUGAAUUGUCAAUAAUAUAAAAAAUAUUUACUUUAAAAUAAAUUUGAUAUAACAAAAUUAAGCAAUGAAUAUUUAUUAUGUUUAAGAGAAGGAUUGAAUGAGAAAAUAGAAAUAUUGAAUAAAUUAAUUGGUUCAUUUGAUAGAGUUUAAAAUAAGGAACAUUUCUGUUAAAUUUUAGGAAUUAUUUUAAUAGAAGCUAAAGUUUAACCAUAUAAUGAAUCCUUAUUGGAUAAUUAAAUAGAUUUUCUAAAAGAAGAAUAACUUUAAUAUUUAAAGAAAACGGAUAGAUAUUCAUUUUUUAGUUAUAAUUAACCAUAUACUUUAGAAAGGAAACAAUUAAAAUAAAAAGAUUCAAUUGUAACUAUAACUAAAAAAGCAUAAUAAUUAUUUGAUUAUUCUAAGAAAGUUAUUAAUAAUCAAGUUAAAAAGCAAGAAUAUAUUAAUAAUUUAGAAUCUUAAUUGAUUUAUAAAUAAGAUUAAGCAUAUUCAAAAUAAAAUUAAAAUUAUAAUUGUUUAUUUUAAUCAAGUAGGAAUUCACAAUCAUAAAAUUAUGAGAAAUGUUUUGAGAUUGUAUAAAAAUGGGCUAAUUAAAAAAAUUUGAUUUAAUUAUCUCCUUUUUAUGAAAUGAUGUAUGCUCUUAGAUAUCCAAAUAAAUAAUAAGUUCAGUAAAAAGAAUAAUUAGUAGAAAUAUUAAUAAAACACUUUUUAUUAAAAAAGAGUGGGCCUAAAUUUUUAGAUAAAAAAUCAAAAGAAUAUAUAGAUUUAUUGAAAGUUAAUUGUUUAAAUUUUAUUAAUAAAUAUAUGAUGGAUAAUUUUAUCAAUAUACGUCCUAAAAUGUAAGAAUUAUUUGUAUCUGAAUUAAUAUGUGAAGAUAGGAAAUAUCAUCCAAGUAAUAAUGAUUUAAAUUAUAUUAUGAUGAAUAUGAAAUAUCAGAAUAUUAAAUUGGUACCAAUUAUGAAAAAAAUAUAUAAAGGAUUAUAGAAAAUCAAAUUCAAUUCAGCUACAUUAUUUUAUUCUAAAAAUGAAGUUAAUAUUUUACAAAAACCUUAUUAUGAUGUAAGUCAUAAAACAUUUAAUUAAAGAAUGGAAUUCUUCAGUAAAUUUAUAAGUGGAGUUGGUGCUAAUCUUGCGAAUCUUACAUCAAAUUAAGUUUUCUUGAUUUAUGGUAAACAUAAUCAUAUUUUAUCAAAACAAUAAUUUAGUUAUGAAAACUUAGUUCUUGCUUUUAUUAGUGGAAAUAUUGAAACUAUAAUUUAUAUUAUAUAACUUCAUCAAUAACCAAGUAAACUUGUUUAUGAAUAGAAUAUCUUUUAAUUAAUUAUAAUAGGUAAUUAUAGUGAUAAUCAUAUUAUAAAAUUCUAUUAUCAAUAUAUUAAGGAUUAAGUCAAAUAAACAAACAGAAUUUUCUAAAUUGAUAAUUAACCAAUUCUAUAUUAUUUAAUGUUAAUGAGAAGACAAAUAUUGUUUGAAGAAAUUUAUUUACCAUUUAUGAUUUAAAUUCAUGGAGAGAGUAAGGCUAUUAAAAUUCUAAAAAAUGAAUUAUUGUCUAAUUAUAUUAAUAAUAAUGAUAAAGAUAUAAUUUGUUAAGAUAAUAAUAUGUUUGAUAUAUUAAGUCUGGCAUUAAUGAGAAAAAACUAUUUUAUUUUAAAUUAUUGUUCAAAUAUCAUUAAUCCUUAACAUUUAACAUUAAUUAAACAUUUUGAUAUUAAUUACUUUCAAUCAAUAUAACUUUAAAAUAAUAAUACUCCAUUUUCCAAAUUUAUAGAAUUAUAUUAAAAUAAUCUACCUUUAUGUUGUACUUAAUUAGAAUUAAAAUAAUGUAAAAAGACUAAUUUUAAAUCAUAACAUAGAAAUUAAUAAAUACAAUAACUCAUAAAAUAUGAAUAGGCUUGUAUCAAUUACAUAUUUAACUUGAAUGAAGUUUAUUAUUUUCACAAUAAAUCUUUGACUAUAUAGAUGGCAUUAGAUAAAUGGACUAUGUUAGUUAAAUAUUAAUUUAAUCCUACUCUUUUACGAUAAGUCUUAAAAGAAUAUAGAUAACCUGAUGGAUCAAUUAAUUUGUAACAGGAAAAAUAUCGGAUGAUUCUUGAAUAAUGCUAAAAAUACACCUUAUUUAAAAAUCCAAUUUAUGAUGAACUUGCUGCUAUUAAUCCUAAAUUGUUCAUUGAAAUUACAAAUCCUGUAUUUUUCACUAUUUCAACAGUGAUUGUAGUUAAUCAUGCUUUAUACAAAACUCCUGUAUUAAAUAAGUAUGUCUAAUAUCAUUAUUAUAAUCAAUUUUAGGAAUCAUUUUAAUUAGAAUAAUAAAAUGAAUAGAAAUCUUUAUAAUAAGAAUAUUAAAAUAAUAUAAAUUAGAACUAGGAUUAAAAUCAAGAUUAAAAAAUAAUUUAUGAAGGAAAUAUAAUUUAAUAGGAACAGAAAAUUGUAGUAACAAAAAUUCAUGAUUAAUAAGAAUAUUCUAUAUAUAAAGAUUAAAUGACUUAAAAUAUUGCUUAUGCCUUUUAUUUAUUACUUUGCAUUUAAAAAGAUCAGUAUUAAAAAUAGGUAAUAUAGUAAUAGAAAUUAAUAGUUAUUAAGGAACUAUAUUAAAAUUUAUUAAAAUUUGAAUAGAGAACAAUAAUGAAAAAACCAUUUUUAACUGAAAAUAGUAUGAUCUUCUUAUUGUCUUUAUUAAAUUAAGAUUAUAAAAUUAAGGACUCUAAUUACUUUAAAUAGAUUUUAGAAAAAGAGAAUUCAUAGGAAUUAGCCAUUUUAAAAGGAAUAAUGUAUAUUUAAUAGAUAAAUGAAAUCAUUUAAGGAUUUAUUGAACGAUUGAGUUAGGUGAUUAUAACAAUGUAUAAUUUUAACAAAAAUGUUCUUCUUGUUUUUGGAUAAGAAUAGAUAGUAUAUUAAGAAGGAAGAUUCAUUAUACCACUUUAAUAUGAGAAUGAUUCAUUUUAUUUAUUUGAAGAAUAUAUUGCUAAAGCUAUAUCAUAAUUAAAAAUGGCAAAUUAUUAAAUGAAUUUAGUUGCUCAAUUAAUACAAUAUUAAGAAAUUUAAGAUAAUUGGAAGUAUUUUGAUUUUAGUUCAAUAAAAACAAUAGAUUUUCAUGAAAUUAUUAUCAAUUCUAAGCAGAAUGUGUUAGAAGAAUUGAUUUUUUUCAAGAAUCUUAUGGAAUAAAAAUUUGAUAAAGUUGGUAUUUAUCAAAUAGAUGAUGUAUUUGCUCCUCAUUAACAUGAAUAAAUUAGAUAAAGUGAUUAGCAAAUAUUUCAAUCUUAGGGACAACCUCCCUCUUUAAUUCAUUAGAGUUAGAGUCAAUCAUAAGGGAUUCAAUUACAAAGAUAAUCAACUUUAAAUCAAUAAUAAAUAAUGAAGGAAGAUUUUCAAUUUAUGUUUGAGCUAUUACCUGAUAAUACUUAUUAAGUUAGAUAGUAAAAGAGAUAUAAAAAUAAAAAAGAAUUAAUAUUUGCUGAAUUUUAUCAUUUCAUUCAACCAUAAGUAGUAAUUAAUUUAAUAAAAUUAUCUGAAGAAGAAUUCAAUAUUAAAUAUAAUGGAAAUGUUGUAAUUUAAAUGAUUAUAUAAGAUUUUUAUAGAUAUAAUGAAUAUUUAAGUAAUAUAAUUGAAUAGAAAUAAUUAUAAGAUUGGAAAUUGGAAUUUCCAUUCUAUAUUAAAAAUUAAAACUUUAUAUUCUAAGAUUAAUUGUUUUCAACAUACAAUAUUUAAAUGAUAUUUACAAAAUUGGUUGCAUUUAUUGAAAAAGUACAGUAAUUAUUGGGUAGAAGUGAAGAUUAAAGUAAAUUGGUAUGGAGAAUAAAUACAAUAUCAUUUUUAGAAGUUAUAGUAAGUAAAUUAGUUUAAAUGUAAUAAAUACCUAAUAAAUUAAUUAAUAUAUAUUCUGUAAUUGAAUUGGUAUUUAAUUGGGAUACAUUGAUUAUGAUUUUACAUUAGUUACUAUAUAAUAAUUUGAUAAAAGCAUAAUAAAUAUUAAAAGUUAUUAGGGGUGUUUAUGUUGAAUUCAAUGAAGAGUAAGGAGUUGAAUUUGUAUAGAAUAAUUUAAAAAAAGGAUUGGAUAAGAUAUUCUAAUUUGGAAAUACUACUUAUCUUCUUUAUAAUCACAUUCUGAUAAUUAGAUUAAAUAUUAGGAUAUGUAAUUAAUAAUAAUAAUAAAUAAUAAUUUAAUAAGAUAAAUAGACUUAAUAAAAUAUUAGAUAUGUAUUUAAACCAGAUCCAUUAAUUUAAGAAUAUUUUCAUAGUAUAAUUAAUGAAUAUGAUUUCUAUAAUUAAAUAUUCAAUCCAGAAUAAUUAGUGUAAUACUUAUUUAAUAAAUUGGAUAUUGAUAGACAUUUAUUGGAUUAUUCAAAUUAAUUGAGUAAAUUAUUAAAUAAAACUAUAACUUUAUCAGUAGAUCAUUAAUCUUUAGCUUCAAUCUUCUAAAGUGAAAUCUCUAAAAUUAAUUAAAAUAAGAAUAGUAAAAGUAGAUUAAAAGAAAUGGAAUAAAUUUGGCAUAUUUUAUUAAAAUUAAAUAAAUAUUUUAAAGAAGAAUUGUAUAAUUAUAUAUUAAAAUAAAUAAAAGAUGAAUAAUUUGAUGAAAUGUUUAAUAUUAGAUUAUCAUGUUUAUUAUCUGCAUUAAGAUAAAAUCAACCAUUAAUGAAUAUAAUUGUAUCAAAUACAAGAUAAUUAUAAUUAAAAUAGAAAUCUAAGAUUUUAUAGAGAUUAUGUUAAGUCACAUAAAAAAAUGAUAUAAAAUUAUCAUAUCAUUUUGGAUUUUAAAUCUCUAAGAAUUAUUAUGUAAAUAAUAGUAAAUUAGGAGAUGUUUGUAUGAUAGUUUAUUGUGAAAAUUAAAAAAAUAAUUUAGUAUCAUGUUAAUUAGUUUAUAAUUCUAAACCAGGACACUUUUUAUUCUCUUAAUUAGACUAAAUGAAUGAAGCACUCUUAACAAAUGAUAGAAUUAAUAGAAAUUAAGCCCAUUAUUCUGGAUAAACUUAUUCUAAUCAUGAACUACUUUAUGUUUAAAUUGAAGACUUAAUAUCAAUAAUACUCUUUCAACCUAUUUGGCCAUCUGAUCCUAUUUUUAAUUAAUCAAUUUUAAAUGUAUUUUUCACUGAUCAAUAUGGAAAUAUAUCAAUAUGUAAUGAACCUAAGUUUGUAACUCUUAUGAGUUAAAUCUAAUGUGAAUAGGAUGAAUUCAAUAAAUAAGAGAAACUUGACAAUCUAUUUGGAUAUGGUCUUGUUUCCUCCUAUAAUGAUUUAAGUUUAACUUAAUUAACUCCAAUUUUCCCAGAUUAAAUCAAUUUCGAUUUUGCUGCCAUCCAUUAAUUAAAGAAAUAACAAUCUUUAAUUUAAGGAUAAACAAUUUAUGUUAGAAUCUAUGGAGAUAAAUUCAAAUUAGAUUCAAUUGAUAUUGCAUCUGUUAGUAUGGCUUGUCACUUUGAAACCAAUAUAAUAGCUCAAUAAUUAUAGAAAAAGUUCAUUAAAUUUCUAAAUGACCAUACUGAAUUGGAAAACAUCUUCCUUCAUUUUGAUGAUUAAUUGAAUUCAAAUCCAAAUUAUUAUUUAAAUUGUAUAAUUGUAGGAGGAACUAUAUUUGAAACAUUUUAAUAUGGUUAUUAAAUAUUUAAAGAUGGAUACUCUUAUCCAAAAUUAAAUAAUUCAUUAUAAUAUCUAUUUGAUAUUUAAUCAAUUUAAAUAUUGAAAAUGAAUUUCAUAAAAACAUUUAUUGAAAAAAUAGAAUUCUAUUUUGAAAAAAGUAAUGAAACUUAAAAAUAACUAAUUCAAUAUGAAAAUAAGAUCUUAAGAUUCUAUACUAUUAUUGAUAAUAAGAAUAAUGUAUAAGUUCCUGAUUCAGAUUAGAUUGCAUAAUUUUUAUUUAACUUAAUAUUGAAAUUCUAGAUCAAUAAAAUGGAAUCCUAUUUUACUUAUGAAAAUUUAAAUAUAGUAGAAGUUAGAGAUAUUUAAGUAGAAAGCAUUAAAACAGUAGUUGAUAUCAUUUUAUUAACAAAAUAUUUCUUUAAAUUAUUGACAUUGAUUGAUUAGGAUAUUAAAUUAUAGGUAUCUAUUUUAGCAUAAAAAGAAAUUAAAACAUAAUACAAAAAUACUAUCUACUAUUUUAUUGAUAAUUAAUCUCAUUUAAUAAUUAAUUAUGAAACCUUUUCUGAUUUUAAUAUCUGUGAUUUCUUCUUAGAUUAUCUUAAUAAAAAUUAAUUUUAUAUUAAUAAUAGAUAUAACGAUAAAAUCAAAUAUGAAAAAUCAGAGAUUAUUAUAGAUAAAUUAGAACUUAAUCCUAAAGAAUUAUUAAGUGGAAUUGAAGAAACAUCUUAAAUUGAAAUAUUAAUAUUUAAUUUAGACAAAGGGAGAUUAAAAGGUUUAGAUAUAAUUUAUCCUAAUUAAUUUGAUUAAAUCUAUCUUAUCUUUAAAGUAGAUGGAAUCCAUCUUAAAUUCUAAACUUUGAAAUCUUGUACUUAUAAACCAUUAAUUAAUUAUUUCUAAUAAAUCACCUAUAUUUAAAAUAUUUGCAAUCCCAUUUAUUUAUUGAUAUUUGAUGUAGAAUCUAAUAAACCUUUGGAUUCUCAAUUAAAUAAAAUAUAAAUAUUAUAAGCUAAAGAAAAGAAAACAACUCUAUCCAAUUUAAUUAAAAAAGAAAAAAAGAAAGGAUAACUUUAAGUUUCAUUCAGAUUUAUAACUAAUAGAACAUUGUUAUUUGAAUUUAUUAGUGAUAAAAUACUAAAAAUCUAAUUAAAUGCUUCACAACCACAUAGUUUAUCUAUAAUUUAAAAUCAAAUAUAAAAUCAAAUUACAUUUGAAUACUAUACUUAAAAUACAUAAGAUUUAAGUAAAACAACUCAUAAAUAAGUAACAAUAGAAGGUAAAGUUAAUAUAAUUGAAAAUGAUUAAAAUGAAAAAGUAACUUUUGGAGUUGGGGAAGCCAAAAUGAUGAAACUUUUAUUAAAAAAGUCAAAUUAAAAAAUGGAUGAAAUACUAUUACAUAAAGAAUGUGAACCUUUAUGUCAUUCUAAAGAUUUAUAAUUAAACAAUACAAUUAAUAUGCUAAGUAAAUAAGAACUUGGAGUGGCAUCAAGAACAGGAUAAGAAAGAAUCGAUUAUAUUGAAUUUAAGGAUAAUUUGGAAAAUCCUAUCAAUAAUUUCUCAUACACUACUCUAGUGUUUGUACAUUCCUUAUUUAAUUAAAUUUAAUAUAUUCCAAAAUAAGAAAGGAUAGGAAUAGGAUUGAAUUUAAUUUGGACUCCAACUUUUAAAGGAGUCUAUAAAUUGUAUAUUGAUGAUAUCAGAAUAAAAGGUAGAUAUGUUAUUUUGGCUAAUACUCCUAGUUUAUAAGAGAGUGAAAUUGAGAUACCUUAAGAAUUAUAAACUAUACCAUUUUAUGAAGAUAUUCCAUUUACAUUUUAAUUAAGAGAUUCUUAUUCAAAUAUUUAUGGUGAUAUUGAAAAUGAUAUUUAUUUAGAUUGUAUAUGUGAAAUUAUAUGUAUUCAAGGAACUACUUUAUAAGUUAAUUUUUAAAAUUUGACUAAAAGUGGAUCUAUGAAUGCAAAAGCUCAUUUUACUCCUGAUGAUGUAGAAGAAAAUGAACGAUUUACAGAAAUAAAGAUUUUGAUUAACAAAGAAAUUAAAAAAAGUAUUAUUUUAUCAUUUUUAUUUUAAAGUAAUACCCAUUAAGAUUUCAGGUGUAUGUUUAGAAAAAAGAAGAAAGAAAUUUGAAGAAGAACUAGAAAAAAGUUUGAAAAAAAUUAAUUAUGAAUUAGUGGUUAGAAGAAUGAAUUUCUUAUAAGAUUUAUUAGUUUUAGCUCAUAAACAGAUGAAUUAUAAUUUCAAUAUUAAAUUUUAAGAUGAACCUGGUAUUGAUGCUGGAGGACUCAAAAGAGAAUUUUAUGAUAUGAUAGGCAAUACUUUAAAAGAUGAUACUUAUAAAUUCUUUUAACCUGUUCAAGGAAAUUUGGGGAAAUAUUUUCUGCAUAAUAAUUUUAACAAAAUAAAAAAUAAAAAUAAAUAUGCUUUAUUAUUUGGAAAAGUAUUAUUUAUUAUUUAAUUAUAUAUUUAUAGUUAAUUGCUAAUGCAAUAGCAAAUAAUUAUAUAAUUGGAAUUGAUAUUAUAAGCCCAUUUUGGAAAGUUGUUUAUGAUGAAAAAAUUGUAUUUGAAGAUCUAUUCUUAAUUUGGGAUAAAUAAACAUAUACCAAUUAUGCUAAUCUUAGAGAUAUGAGUCAUGAGACAUUAGAAUCUCUAUAUUUGGAUUUUACUUAUUAAAUAGGAAAUUCUACUAUUGAGUUAAUUCCAAAUGGAACUACAAUGUCUGUGAAUUCAAAUAAUGUUCAUUAAUAUUUAGACAAAACAGCAGAAUAUAUUAUUUAUAAAUAAUUUAAAGAAAUUUAUGAAUCUUUUAUUGAAGGAUUUACAGCUGUUGUUGAUUUAAAGGUAAUUUCUAAUUUAAUUUAUUUUAAGAUUUUCUAAAAGUGGUUGAAACCUUCUGAAAUAUCAUUACUUACACAAGGAUUACUUGAAAUUAAACCAGAUGUUAUUUUACAAAAGAUAUCAUAUCAUGGAGGUAAGGCAAAUCACAAAUCUUACUUUGAAACAUAUAUCAAUCAAGCAGAUCCAUAAACAUUAAAGAACAUGUUAAAAUUUAUUACUGGUUGUUUAUUCAAUUUUAUUUUUAGGUUCCUCUGCUAUUCCAUUUGAUUAAAGUUCAUAUAUAAUAUCAGUUGAAUUCAAAAGUAAUUUGGAUAUUCGAAAAUUGCCUUUAGCUCAUACAUGCUUUAAAUCAAUUGAAGUUCCUUUGUAUACAAAUUAUGGAUAAAUGAAAUAAAAAUUAGAUAUUGCCUUUACUAUUGGUUUAGAAGGAUAUGGAUUUGGUUGA